CCUCCGGGAAUGAUGACGUUGCUGAAGCCAGACCACCAACUGCAAUGGACACCCGUGAUGCAAAAUCAAAAAGCGUGCCAAUGACUGCCUUCAUCAAUUCAUCAAGUCCUACCGAGGAUGAGGAACAAGAUCCUGUUGUGAAGCCCAAAACAUGCUUCACGCUGGCGUUGGGAACCACUGAUCUAAGCUAUAAAUCAGAGAAUCAGGAAGUGAACACAGGAAACUGUCCCAUUGACAAAUCAGAAUUGUCAAGGUUGACAAAAGACUUUGACUGCAUAGAGAUGAUCGGCGAAGGAUCCUAUGGUCAAGUUGUUAAGGCAACAGAAAAACUGACUGGGAAGACUUUUGCAAUAAAGAUUGUACAAUGUAGAAGUGGAGAUAUUAAACAAGCUCUGCAAGAGGUGCAGAUAUUGUCAGAACUCCAUCACCAUAACAUUGUGCGAUACUUCACCUGUUGGUUGGAGGAUUCAGGAUACAGUCCAGAUGAGAGUGGCAGCUCUACACAGUGUUCUAUCAAUCCAUCGAUAAGGAACCGCUACCUAUAUAUUCAGACUGAGUUGUGUGUAAAAUCACUCAGAGUGUGGAUAGAUGAGAAUAAUGAGAAAUCUCUGCCAGACCCCAAGAGAAGAAAAGAGGCUCUUACUAAGUUUCAGCAAACAGUCAAAGGAGUCAAGUACAUUCACUCUAAGAAGCUCAUCCACAGGGACCUGAAGCCUGAAAACAUCAUGAUUGGGCAAGAUGGACAAGUGAAGAUCGUAGACUUUGGUAUGGUCACACUUGACAACGAUCCUGAGAACCUGAGGGAGAGAUCGAUGGGCAAAGGAACCCCUUCAUACAUGGCUCCUGAGCAGGAAAGGCAAAAGACUUAUGACCGAAAAGUUGAUAUCUUUCCUUUGGGGUUGAUAUACUUUGAACUCCUCUGGAAAAUGUCCACCUAUUGUGAAAGGGCCAAGGGUUGGACCGACCUCAGAGAGCAGAAAUUUCCCGAGGAGUUUCAACACAAUUUCCACCAAGAGUACCUCACAAUAAAGCCAAUGCUGUGUGAGAAGCCAGAACAGCGACCCGAAGCAAGUCAGAUCCAUGCCGACUUGAAAAAAUGUCUGAUAGCUUCGACAUUGAAGAAAUCGAAAGUCACGGAAGCAGGAGUCUCUGAUUCAAGCCCCCAGGAAUAG